AUGGUCUCUGGCAAAACCAAUGUUUUCACUAUUGCUUCAUGGAAUCGAGAGGCUAAUCGGAUCAACUCUUACGCUUAUGUUUUCAUGAAUUUGGAGACACGCCAUGCAUAUAAGUCCCUUUUUGAGAGGCUAUUCCAAGUCCUCAGUGACGUUGGUCGUAAGCCAGUGUGGUGGGCGUAUCAACUUGGUGCUAACGAUUCGGCGGAGGGGAUUCGCACUGACUUGGUGAUUAUCUUGCGUCGUUGGAUCCACGUUGGACAUGGCAAGAGCAUUUACAACGAGUGCUAA